AUGGCAGAUGUUCACGAAGAAUCGGCGCCUAUUAUAGCUGAUGACGAUAGUAGUUCUUCCUCUGAUGAUGGCUACUCAUCCGGACCAAACAGCUACACCACCUCCCUAGCCUCGUCCGUAUUAAACUACAAAUACGAGAAUGGCCGCCGCUACCACUCCUUCCGCGACGGUCAAUACGUCCUGCCCAACGACGAAACGGAGCAAGACCGCCUAGACCUCUUUCACCACAUCUUCUGCAUGAUUCUCGACGGCGAACUGCAACUGGCCCCAAUCGGUGACAAUCCCCAGCGUGUCCUCGACAUCGGCACCGGCACCGGCAUCUGGGCCAUGGACUUCGCCGACCGCUACCCCUCGGCCACGGUCAUCGCCAACGACCUCAGCCCCAUCCAACCCGCCUGGGUGCCCCCAAACUGCCAGUUCGAGAUUGACGACGCCGAGAGCGAGUGGUCGUACUCGUCAAAGUUUGACUUUAUCCACAUCCGCGCGCUCGGCGGCGCAAUCACGGACUGGCCGAAGCUCUUCAGGCAGGCGUAUAAGCAUCUCAACCCCGGCGGGUGGAUCGAGGUUGUGGAGCCGCAGCCGAGGCCGUAUUGCGACGAUGGCACGCUGUCGAAGGACGGGUACAUGAUCAAAAUCUCGGACUUGUUUGCGGAGGCGCUGAAUAAGAUUGGGAAGAUUGGGGAUCCGGCGGAAAGGCAGAAGGAGUGGAUGGUGGAGGCGGGGUUUGUCAAUGCGGCGCAUAAGAUGAAGAAGUUGCCGAACAAUCCGUGGCCGAAGGAUCCGAAGUUGAAGGAGUUGGGGGUGUAUCAUUUACAGAAUAUGCUUGCGGGGAUUGAAGCUUAUAUGAUGGCCCCUCUGACGAGGACAAUGGGCCUGUCGACUGAAGACGCCAAGAUGAUAUGUGAUGGUGCCUGCAAGGAAGUUGCAAACAGGAAAAUACACCUGUAUUCGAGAGUUUGGAUUACUACUGCUCAAAAGCCACUUGAGGACGAAGAGUAG